UUACUUUUACGUUCUCACGAUAGAUUUAAUUCAGGUGUUUAAAAUAAAAAAAGAAAUAAUAAAAAGUACAAACAAUCUUUAUAUUAGCGAAAACGCAAAUGAGAAAAUGAUAUAAUGUUGACGGAAAUGCAAUAAACAAGAAUGAGUGCUUAAAGCCGAUGAAGGAAUGAAAAAAAGUGAAACUGUAAAGAAAAAUUGAGAACGGAAAACGGGGACACGCAACCAUAAGAUACGAUUUGAAUGGCUGGAUUUUUUUGGUGGAUUGAGCGAAGGAAAGAUGAUGAUGUUGACGCUGGGCUAGGAGAGAGAGCGGAGGUGGUGGUGGUGGUGGUAGUAGUGUAGUUGGCAGAUACAUUGAUACAUUAUUUGUGAUAGAAGAGUUGUAGAGGGGUCAGCUGAGCUGUGGCGAUAGACACAGCGCAGGGUGAGAAUAAGUAGGAAGACCUUGAAAAAAUCACAUAAACAACGAAAAGUAUAGAACACAAUAGAAAUACGAAGGAAAGCAGCAGUGAAGAAAGAAUCCGCGUUAAAACAAUAUAACACAACAAAAACAACACAAUAAAAAUAAAAACAUACAAGCGCCGCCGCUUCUUGCCGAGCAACGACAAACAACAAAAUUGGCGACAACUGCAGCAACAAUAAUAGGGGAGACGACGUCGACUACAACAACGACGUAGACGACGACUACGACGACAACCAAAAAGACAUCCAUCGUCUACGGAAAAUCAAAUUAAAUUAGCAUAUUAUGGACAUUAUGCCCUCGCAGUCAAUUGUGCACCACCCCUUUAAUGCAGUUACAAUCAUGGCAAAUUCCGACAACUCCACUCCUACGUCUCCCGUAACCCCAACCAUUUCACCAUCGUUAGCAUCGGCCGAUUCAAAUGCAUCCAUCAUAAAUGGCCGCGAAGCCCGUAAUCUGGCCGAGAAGCAACGUCGUGAUAAAUUGAAUGCCAGCAUAAAUGAACUGGCCAAAAUGGUGCCUCAUGUGGCCGACUGCCCGAGGCGUUUAGAUAAAACUGCCGUUCUACGUUUUGCCACACACGGACUGCGACUGCAAUAUGUAUUUGGUAAGACCGCGUCCCGCAAGCGGACGCUCUUCAAGGGAGAUAACCACAAUGUGACAGAUGCCCUAUUGCAAUUAAUCGAUAGUUUCUUUAUAACGCUCACAUGUCAUGGGCAAAUCGUUUUAAUAUCAUCAAGUGUUGAACACCUUCUGGGCCACUGCCAGUCCGAUUUGUACGGGCAAAAUUUGCUGCAGCUAACCCAUCCCGAGGAUCAUGAGCUCUUGAGGCAACAACUAAUACCUAACGAUAUUGAAUCUUUAUUUAUGGAUUUUCAUGGUCCUACAUCUGGCGCGCAAUCUCAUUACCCCCAACAACGUUCCUACAGUACAUCAGCAUCGACGACAAACUCCGCGCAUCAACACUACUCGCCACAGGACGUGUCGAACGAUGAGAAUCAUUUGCAGAAAAUUGAUGAAAAAUUGCGGGCUGAUAAGCGCAGCUUUACUGUACGACUGGCACGGGCCUCCACACGCACCGAAUCAAAGAAAAUCUAUGAGAUUGUUAAAAUUGAUGGAUGCUUUCGACGCAGCGAUUUUUCUGCGGUGGCAACGGGGGCAAAUAGUUAUCCCAUAGUAUCACAAUUAAUAAGACGUUCACGCAAUUCAACGCCUGCUCAAAUGGGUGCGGGAUCAAUGGGUGGUGGUGGCGGUGGUGGUGCCUUUAUACCACAUCUUCUGCCCCAUGAUGCCAUAGCGCAGGCCGCUCUGCACGGUGUUAGCGGUAAUGACAUUGUCCUGGUGGCAAUGGCACGCGUUAUACGUCCAGCUAAAAUAAUCAAUUGGCCCUUGGAGGCAAACCGUUUGGAAUAUAAAACACGACACUUAAUUGAUGGCCGUAUCAUCGACUGUGACCAUCGCAUAGGUUUGGUAGCUGGCUACCUACAGGAUGAGGUUCGCAAUUUAAGUCCAUUUUCUUUUAUGCAUCAAGAUGACGUCCGUUGGGUCAUUGUGGCCCUGCGACAAAUGUACGAUUGUAACAGUGACACCGGCGAAAGCUGCUAUCGUUUGCUCUCACGUAAUGGCAAUUUUAUUUAUUUGCGCACCAGGGGAUACCUUGAAAUCGAUAGAGCCACCAACAAAGUCCAUUCAUUUGUUUGCAUCAACACCCUGCUCGAUGAGGAGGAGGGCAAGCGUAAAGUUCAAGAAAUGAAGAACAAAUUCUCAAUUAUAAUAAAUGCAAAAGUACCCACUGGAACGAUGCAAGAUGCCACGGCUUCGCAAAACCCACAGCAGCUAGAGAAGAUCGUACUGUAUCUCAUAGAGAAUCUACAGAAGAGGCAAACAAAUUCAUGUGUGGUCGAUGAAAUACACUCGGAGGAUGAUGUGAAACGCCAUACAAGUACACCGCCCUUGGCUUUGGUGCCACCUGAACCGGCGUCAGUGAAAAAUUCCAUUUCGAAAUCGGUUAGUGUGGUUAUAGCCACAGCCGCCAAGAGUUUGGUCUUAAAAAGUAAUGCAAGGCAAAAUUCAGCCGAACAGUCGUCGUCAUCGUCAUCGUCCACUUGUGCGACAGAUGAAUGUUCGAGCGAUCUUAAGUCGACAACAAGCACAAUAGAAGUGAAAACCAGAAACGAUUCCAUAAUUACCACAACACAACAGCGCCCCAGUGUAUUGCAGAUGCGUAGCAAUGUGUGCCAAGCUAAUUCUAAUACCGUGCCCCGUACGACAACGAAGACCACGACACCUGAAACCGCUCAACAAACCAGACAACAGAGACACGAGGAACGUCAAGCUGCCCAGAAUAUUUCAGUUCUAAAACGUUUGCACAUUGAAACCGAAAUCGAGGGGGGAGAAAGUGAUGCCACAUCGCCCUAUAUGGAGGAUGACUGCCUAACAUCUCGUCCAGCUAAAUGUAGUUCUAGAUACUCCCCCUCAUCGUUCAUGUCUUCGGACACAAUGUCCUCGCCCCAUUCAUCUUCGUGCAUCUCUCCUGCCAUUAAAAGCGAUAAUAGCUCUGAUAUUCAUAGUUUUUUAUCUCCCAAUUGCAUAGACGUCCCAGCAUUGGCAACAGCAACAAGCAACGUGCUGCGCCUACCACAUGACCUCCAUGUGAGUUUGGAGGAUCCACAUGGACCCUCCCAAAUGGAAGCCAUAUUGAUGGAUCCCAUCCAAAGGGACACUGAGUUUUUGGUCAGUGUGAAAAGUGAAUAUGACGAUAUUUACCAGGAGCACUGCAGAAGAUCACCGCCUAACCGAACAGAACUUCCAUUACCGGAUGAAGAUGAACUGUAGUAGUUGUAAUUCAAAACAGAAUAGAAUGUAAAAACCUACUGAAAACAAGAUUAUGUUAUAUAAAUGAGGGUGUUUGUAUGUAAGUAAUUUAUUAUCUAUUGUUAUUAUAUACAUAUAGUACGCGUGCACAUACCCACCCUUGUGUCUGUGUAUGUGUGUGUGUGUGUGCGUGUGGGCGUGUGUUGUACUAUGUAAGAUACAUGUCUUUUUUGUUUUUUAUUUUUCCUUAAACCAAUAACCGCUCUAUCAACUUGUUAAUGGCAACUGUGCUAUCACAACACAAUAUGAAAUAUUUUUUAAACAUUUUUUAAAAAACAAACAAAAAAAGAACGUAGCUAGUAUAAAAACUUAUACAAAAUUAGUGAUUUUAAAUUUCUAUAUAUGAAAUUAGUGAUUUGUUGCCAUCCCUAAUUUCCUUAAAAAAAAAAAUUUCGAACAGUGCAAAAAUUGAGUCUAUUACGAAUUGGAUGCAGCGCCGUACGGAUUGGACAUGCGGUGAUAAGUAAACGAUGUGACAUUAUUUUCGCUAACGCAAAUUACCGAUUGAUCCAAUCCCAUGGCAAUCGGUUGUACGUACCGGAUUGACCCGAUGGAGAUCUUUAUCGGGAGGGGAGCCACCUCAGUGUAUAACACACUGCUGCAACAACAACCACAACCGAUUGAUCUGUUUGAAAACAAAGUCCCCCUGUUUUGGAGCUCGGGCCUACAGAUGCAUCGAUAGCUUAGAAGUAUUUUGAUGGAAAUAUUGAGAAUAUGGACUCUAAUUUAAAGAUUUUUUGUAUAAUUUUGUAAAUUUCUUGCAGCGCAGGUAAUUUCCUGCAAAAUUAUCUGCCUAGAGGAGGUUUAUAUGGGCCAUAUGUGAAUAUAGGCUAACGCGGUAUAUAUUUAAAUGCAGUUAAAAAAAUAAAAUUUGGUAUUUUUAUACCCAGGAUGGGGGGUAUUCUAAUCUGGUCAUUCCGUUUUUAACACCUCGAAAUGGCGCUAUGAUAAAAAGGACUCAAUGCAAUAAGUCCCAAAUUGAAUAUGAAAUUAAAACCCCAAAAUGGGGCUUUACUUCUUAAUGAAGUAAUACCCCUAAAGUAAAAAUAAAAUAAGGGUCCACAAUUUGCGGCAUUAGAUCAUAUUACAUAAAGACCAAAUUUUAGAUUGGAAUAAUGGCCCAAUAAGUGCGCGAAAGACUAAUGCCCGGUAAAUCUCCCAAAAUGUUUUGGGGCUUUUUUUCACUUCCAACUUAGGGGUCAUUUCAUAUGAUAAAAUCCUAAUUUUUAAAUUGAAAUAAAACCGUAAAGAAACAACAUAAAGCCCCAAUUAUCCUUGCUUUUGUUUUAUGUAUAGAAGUUUGGAGCCUUAUUUCAUUUUUCGCCCUUAGGAGCGGUAUGAAAUAAGGAUCCAAUGCAAUAAAGCCCCGAAUUAAAAUUGGACUUUACUGCAUAAUGAAGUAAGACCCCAAAAGUAAAAAUAAAAAAGGACUGCAACGAAUUGAAACAAUUGCCCAAACUAAAAUGAAAUAAGGCCCCACAUUUUGGGGACGGUAUGAAUUAAGGCCCCAAUGCAAUAAGGCACCAACUUAAAAAUGAAAUAAAAACCCCAAAAAGGGUUUUCACUGCAUAAUUAAUUAAGACCGCAAGAGUAAAAAAGAAAUAUGGGCGCCAUCAAAUGAAAAAACUCCCCGAAAUGAAAAAAGGCCCUAGAUUUGGGGGAAUUAUUUCAUAUGAAAUAAAGUCCCAAUUUCUACAUGAAGUAAUAACGCCCCAAUAAGUGGGUGAUUUACUAAUGUCCGGUAGAUAUCUCAAAAUGUGUAGCUCUCUCUGUUUAAAUGAUUGUAAAACGAAAUAAAACCCCAAAAAUUAGUUUUGGGCCUUUGUUGGGGUCUUAUUCAUGUGAAAUUAAGACCUCAUUUUUAAAAUGAAACAAAGUCCCUAAAAACCAAAUAAAGCCCCAAUUAUAGCCUUAUUCCAUUUUCCGUUUAGGGCUUUAUUGCGUUGGGGCCUUAUUUCAUACCUCCCCUAGAAAUAUUGACCUGAUAGCCUAUAAAUUAAAUAUAUUUUUGACAUGUUGAGUCGAUCUAAACAUGUCUGUUCAUCCGUCCGUCAGUCGAAAUCACGAUGGUGUUCGAAAAAACAAAUUUAUCCGCUUAAAAUUUUGCACAGAUAUAUUCUUAUCAAUGUACCGAUGUAAUUUUGUUCCUUUUUAGCCUUGAGCAUACCGAAUAAAUAAUAUUGUUAUAAUCAUUAAUUUUGUUAGUUAAAAAUGAAAACUGAUUUCAUUGUUAUCGAAAAAAAUAUUUAAUUUAAUAGUUUUAAUGAACUACUAGUUGUUUAUUCAUAAAAGCAUUUCGGCUAAAAGGGUGCAUACAAACUUUUGUGAUUAAGUGUAGGUCGGGAUUGGGGAUUGCAAUUGGGUCAUAUCGCUUCAGAUAUGGAUGAAGCCCCCAUAUUAACCGAUCCUCAGUUUUCUUGAACCCCUAAUAACCUCAUGCCUCAUUUAUGCCAUUUGGCUACAAUUUGACUCAUAAACUUGUGUUCUGACUUCCAACAUCAGUGUUAAGUAUGACCCGAAACGGUCUAUAAACUGCCGCAAGAAGCUUCAGUUUCUAUCCGAUUUGGCUGAAAUCUGGCAAAAAGAAUUCUGUUGUGAUUUUCAACAUCAGUGCAGAGUAUGAUCGUAAUCGGUCAAUAAACUGGUAUACCACCCCGUAUAAACCGAUUCUCGGAUUUGACUUCUUGAGCCCCUAGAAGCCCUUAUUUUCAUCUAAUUUGGCUGAAAUUUGACACUAAAACUUCUGCUGUGACUUCCAAUAUCCGAAUCGGUCUAUGUAUUGGUAUAGCCUCCAUAUAAACUGAUCCCCGGAUUUGAUUUAUUUAGCUCCAAAAGGUCAAAAUUUGAUACAAAGACUUCUGCUAUGACUGGUACCCCGAUAUAUCUACUUGAGACCCUAUUUGAUAAUUGUAAAAUAAAUCAAAUACGAUCUGAGGUAAAUUUUAAGCGAAACCCAUGGUGGUGGGUGCUCAAGAUUCGGCCCGGCCGGAACUAGCAUGUUUUUACUUUUUUUUAAUUAUCUGCUGGAGUACUUUGACUUAAGCUCUGUUAGAUAAAGUCAUUAUGGGUCAUUGCAAAGAAAGUUGCAUCAGCAAUGGUCUUCGCAGCAAGAUUGAUUAGAUUGUUGUUGUUGUUGUAGCCAUAUUUGUAUGUGAAGAAAGCGAUCCUAGGCUACCCCGUAAACGAAGCAUUCCGCUAUCCGCAAACUAUGGACGCGCCCGCUGGCUCUCAGCUAGGCUUGUCGUGAUGACGAUGAAUAUCACACAAAUCGGAGCUCAGAGUUCCAACCCGUGUGGUGCUCAUAGUCAUCCCGUGCCGGAAAUCAAAUUGCAGACUUUCUGAGACGGAAAAGGAUUAUGGUUGUGGCGAUUCAUGAAAUAAAGUUCAGCAAUACCUACAGUUAUCAUGGAUACAUGUGUUUCAUAAGGAUCGCAAAUGAGGUGGAGUAGGGGUAUAAACAGUAUGGUUCAACCCUACGUUUGACAUUAGAAAUAUGUAUUUGGAAUGUAUUGAUAGAGAAAUCAAGUCCACAACUGCCGAGAUAGAGUUUUACAACUUGCACGAGUAUAUACCGCAGUUGUGUGUGAUUAUGCUCCAGGAUAGAAGCCCGACAUCUGUCGCCUGUUGUCCGCCUAUAACCUUUGGCACUCUCGAGCUAUGCUAUUGUUGUUGUUGUAACCGCAUUUUUACAUGUGGAGGUAGCUAGCCUCAUCAAGCUCUAUAGAUGAAGAAGCUUGUUCGGUCCAUAGGACCGUUCAGCGCGGGAACGUUAUGGUCAUUGGUCGCCAAUAACUCGUCUUGUCAUAUCGAGCAUUACAGGUAUUUAAGCAAGUGCCACUAGGCCGUUGGUCUCUUACUGAGAUUCUCCACUCGAUUCCACUGAUUGCUCGCGACUGCAUUCGAAGCUACUCCGUAUGCGGAGCAAUUCAGCUCUCAGCAGAGCUUCUACUGAUGACGUUCAACAACAGUCAAUCCCAUGGUAGCCGGUUGUACGCACCGGAUUGACCCGAUGGAGUUCUUCAUCGGCAAGGGCUGUCGUCUCAGUGUUUAACACACUGCUACAACAGCAACAACGUUCAACAGCACAUAAAUAGGAACUCAGAGUUCCAAAGUCAUCCCGUGCCGUUCUCUCGUAGGUAAUGACAGGAGGGGUAUAUCUUUACUGCACGCUGAAAGAAAUACCCCCAAUAGAAUUGUUUGAGCUUGAAGCAAUUCACCUCUAAUUCUAUCCAUUGACUGACCACCGGAGUUCACAACCUUUGUGAAGACGAUUUAAACGGCUAUAGAUAAUACACCAAUCUCCCCUUCAGCGAACUAAUCCCUACCUUUUCUUCAGCAGCCGCUCGCUUUUUUCCUGCUAGUUUUUGUUGUUGUUGUCACAUUUUCAUGCGGAGGUGGCGAUCCUCGUCAAGCUCUUGUAGGUUCGUUCCGACCGAUCGCCACGGAACAUUGCCAUUUGUUAUUUAAAGGCGCCAAUAACUCACCUUGUCAUAUCGAGCAUCAUUGGCACUCAGUAUUUGUGCAAGAGCCGGUGUCGGCUGACCUCUCAUUGAGACUCUUUGCUCGAUACCGCUGAUUGUCCGCGACUGCCAUUGCAGCUACUACGUACGGAGCAUUCCACUAUAGGCAACCUGUGGGCGCGCCCGGUAACUCGCAGCUAAGCUUCUAGUAUUCAGCAAUGAACACCACACAGAUCUGACCUAAAUGUUCCAGCCUGUGAGGUGCUCACAGCUAUCCCGUGUUUGCUAGUUGAACACCUAAGGGAGGCCUUAAUUCCUGAUGCAAGACUGCGGAACCCGCAAACUAACACCAUGAGUUUCGUUGAUCCGACUAUAGUAUUCAGGAAUUGAAUUUAGAAAUCAAGUGGGUGGUUACCUUACUUGAAGCACUGUAAUUUAAACGUCGGUAUUGGUAAGUUGUAGUAAACUGUCAAGAAACUUAGAAUUCUCAGUAGAAGGUAGAAUUGGACUUCAACCGCUAGCAACGUUGACUAAUCCGAAGACAUGCGCCAGGUUAUACAACCGUCUUUUUGUUGAGCAUCCCGAGUGUGAUAAGAAGAGUAAGAGUUGCAUUCAUCACGUUCGUAAUAUCCGAGCCAGUCAGCAACUACCAUAAUUUACCGAAAUCGUUAUAACAAUUUACCGUGGGUAAAGUAACAAAACGGAACCCGAAAAAAUCUCAGUGUAGCUAAAGUAGACGAUAAACAUACGAUCGACCUCAGCUUUUCUCUGGACAAUGAAAAAAAGCGAUAUUGGUAAAUUUUAGACUACUAUCAGGUUAGGUUAGGUUGAGAGAAAAGAAGAUGGCUAAUACAGAUUGAGAACUAACAUAGCAAGGUGCACACUUGCAGAACGAAAGAAGGACAAACGUACAAGACGAAAUGGAAGGAAACUAGGCGAGCCAGCGAAGAGCUCUCAUAGGCGAGAGCAGCGUUCAGUCAGCCACUGCAGGGUUCUACAGUAGUCCAGAAUGAUGAGAGGGCCAAAUGCCUCGAAAGUAUGCAGGCACGGAAAUAGAUGUUCCACCUUAAUAUAAAUGGAAAAUCCACCUUAAUGCUAUAGGUGAGCAAGCUCAAUAACUUGGCUUAUCAUAUCGAGCAUUAUAGACACCAGUAUUUAAGAAAGAACCGGUGUAGCCCGGCCUCACACUCAGGUUCUCCGCUUAUUACCGCUGACAGUCCGCGACUGCAGUUGUAGCUACUUCGUAUGAAGGCAUUCCAAUAUCCGCAGCCUGUGGACGAGUCCGCUAGCUUGCAGCUAAUCGUGAUAACGAUAAACAUUACAUAGAUCGGAACUGUGUGGUGUCCGGUAGCCCUCAGCCGAGUUUCUCAUGACAACCAUGAGCACCACACAAAUCGGAGCUCAGAAUUCCAUGGGUUUCCUUCUUUGCAGUGGAUUAUGUUCAAGUAGAAGGUUUUGGAGGUUUGAAAGAGGGUAAAGGAUGAUUAAUAAGGAUGGAUGGCCACCGGGCGCAGAGGUUAGCAUGUCCGCCUAUGACGCCGAGCGCCUGGAUUCAAAUCUGGCGGGAACAUCAGAAUAUUUUUCAGCACACCGUUCGGACUCGGCAUAACAAAAGAGGCCCCUUAUCAUUGGGAUUAAACAUUAAUCAGACUGCAAUCAUUGAAUCAGCCGAGUUUCUCAUGACAACACAAAUCAAUCGCAGCUUAGAAUUCCAGGAGUUCCUUCUUUGCAGUGGAUUAUGUUCAAGUAGAAGGUUUUGGAGGUUUGAAAGAGGGUAAAGGAUAGUUAAUAAAGAUGGAUGGCCAUCGUGGUGCAGAGAUUAGCAUGUCCGCCGAGCGCCUGGAUUCAAAUCUGGUGGAAACAUCAGAACAUUUUUCAGCACGCCCUUCGGACUCGGCAUAACAAGAGAGGUCCCUUAUUAUUGGGCUUAAACAUUAAUCGGACUGCACUCAUUGAUAUGAGAGAAGUAUCCCCUGUUCCUUAGUGGAAUGUUCAUUGAAAAUUUAGUAUUUAAUAGUGAAGGAUGGCUAAAUUUUUAGGGGACCAAUAUUGAUUUUGAAUAACUUAUCGCAUUACUCGAUUGUGUAGCUUUCCUUGGUUCCAAUUGAUUUAGUUUGAAAUUGAGAAAUUCCAAGUGAAAUGCAAAGAAAAACCUGACGUUUCGGUGUGGUUCACAUUCAACAUCGGUCCCAAACAGUUAAUCGCCCUAUUGUAUAUGAAGGGUACUUCCAUUUUAGGGGCUGAUGUUGAUUUUGAAUAACUUGAAUGCCUUGCGAUUGUGUAUGUGUUCAUGGUUCAAAUUGAGUUAGUCCGAAAUUGUGAAAUGUCAAAUGAAAUGCAGGAAAAACCUCGACGUUUAGGUGUGAUUCACAUUUCACAACCAUUUUUUCUUGCAAUAAAAUCCUUGUCAAUUAGGAUCCAUUCAAAAUAGAAUCCAAUUGCUAUUCAAAUGUUACUGUAACGAAAUAUCUUUACAUCGACUAUAUUUUUAUACUUCGAUGGAUUAAAAAAAAAAAACUCUGGCAACAAAUAGCUUAAUGAAUAUUUCACUAUUAAAAUUUAUGUUGUACAUAAUAAUAUUGUUUUAAUAUAACAUAUAACUCGAAACUUUCACAUACAUAUAUUUGUAACUAUUUUGUUCACUUUGUUUUCCUUCUUGGGAAUUAAAAAAAAUAAUAAAUAACAAACAAAACAAAAAUAAAAACAUUUUACUGCCUUUUAAACAAAAAUAAAAAUUAUUUUCCUUUAUGAUUUAUUAUAUAAAGUUAUGUUUCUAAAACAAACAAAAAAAUUAUAUAAUCUUCAUUAUUUAAAAACAAAACAAAUUAAUAAAAAUUAUUGAUGUAAUUAUAUUGAUGAUGAGUGUAUGUCUAGUUAAAAUUUAGCCUAAAUUUUUAUCUUUUUUGUUGAACAUUUUGUAAAAGUUUAAUUUUUUUUAUAAAAAAAAAUUGGUUUUGAUUUUACUUUUAUAAUUGUUUAUAUACAUCUAAUAAAUAUAUAUAUACAUAUACAUAUAAUAUGAUAAGUUAUAUAUGUAUACUAGUAAAUUUUCAAUAAAACAAAAACCUACAAGAUUAAUGAUAAUAAAUAAUUCUUAAGUUAAUGGAAAUAAAAAAGAAAUAAACAGAAAAUUGAUAUUGACUUGUCACAGCAACAACAACAUUAGUCUGUAAGAGUAUGCAAAAUUGGGACGUAAUCUGAAUUUGAAUAACGAUAUAUACAUACAUAUUUAAACUUAAACAUCUAAUGUUAUUUAAAAGUGCUUCGAAUGAGGCUUGCAUAAUAAUUAUAAUAUUAAUAAUAAAAAACAACAACUUACCAAUUUUAUUA